GUUGAGCUUCAAAUCUUCGCUGGUCUGGAUUGGCUUUUAGUCGGCGAGUUUGCGGUAACUGUUUGUAACAUAAGAACAAUGAGCCGCGGCCCAGGCUGGGUCGAUGACAGGUGACGCUGGCGGCCCCGGGGUCCUGAUGACCUGGGACCCGAACCAUUUGCCCCGCGCCUUCCGACACGAGAAGGGUUCAGCGAGGGCGUCGGCAGCUGCUCUGGAGAUCAGCCGCAGGGCAGUUGAAGAUCAACUAAAGAUAUGUGGCCACAAGAGGGAUGCUGAUGUCUUUGAGCUGUUCCUUUCUCAAAAGGAACUGACAGAGGUCAUUGAUCUUUCUAGGUUUAAAAAAUUAAAAUACUUAUGGCUACAUCAUAACAAGCUCCAUGGAAUAACAUUUUUAACUAGAAACUGUUGUCUGACAGAACUAUAUCUAAACAACAAUGCAAUAUUUGAGAUAGAAGGCCUGCGUUACCUGCCCUCCUUGCAUAUACUCCAGCUUCACCACAAUGAGUUAACAAACAUAGACGCCGCAGUGAAGGAGUUGAAGGGAAUGCUCAAUCUGAAGACCCUAAGUCUCUACCAAAACCCUUUGUGCCAAUAUAACCUAUACCGUUUGUAUAUAAUCUACCACCUGCCAGCAGUAGAGUUGCUUGACCGAAAUCAAGUUACAGAAAAAGAAAGAAGAUCAAUGAUUACCAUUUUUAACCACAAAAAGGCUCAUAUUGUGCAAUCAAUAGCAUUCCAAGGAAAAGUAGAUGCCUCGUGGGAUCCUAGAUCACCAUUUAAGCAAAAUCCAGCCCAGAGAGUACCUUCAGAUUUUGCAUUUGCGAAUAAUGUAGACAAAACUGUGUUGGAAGACCCAGAAGAUGCUGUUUUUGUAAGGUCCAUGAAGAGAUCAGCAAUGGCUUUCACCUCUCUGAACUGGGACACGGUUCCAACACGAGAGGAAAAAUACCUUGAAGAGAAAGGCACAGAACAUGUUCAAAUGCUCACAGUUACACUGAGAUAACCCCUGGUAUUUCUAGAAACUCUAGUGGUUUUCAGUGUAUAUUAAACUCUGUGAUUCAGCAUAUGUUUAUUAUGAUAUUAUUUGAAACAUUUAAAUGUAAACAGAAACACCAACAAAUAAUUCCUGCAUUUUAAGUUUUUGUUGAAGUAAAACACAUAUAGAAAUGUACACAAAUCUUAAGCGUUCAGCUCAAAAAAUUUUCAAAAAAUGAACAUGUUUAUGUGAACUGGCAUCGUAGAUCAAGAAACAGAACAUUCUCAACACUCUAAAAGCCUCCUCAUUCCUGUCACCUGUCCUAUUACCUCUUACUACCCGCCCUUCAAAAGUAAUCACUGUCCUCAUUUCUAAACCAUACAUUGUGUCUGUUUUUGAAAGGCAUGUAAAUGAAAGUUGAAUUAUUUUGGGUCUGGCUUCUUUUAUUCAACAUUGUAAAAUUCACUCAUGUUGUUGCUCGUAGCAAUAGUGCUAUCAUUCUCAUUGCUGUAUAGAAUUACGUUAUACGACUAUACCACAAUUUAUUUCUCCAGUCUAUGAUCUUUUAUCCUCAACUUCAGAGGCCUUUGCCAGUUCUGGGUGUGGGCCAGUGAUCUGAGCUUGGCCUACCCAGAAGCUUGCUGCUAGAGG